AUGCAGGUAACCAGAUUCAUUUGUGGUGGAUUUGCUUUAGGAAUCCGAUUGAACCACACUAUGGCAGAUGGUUAUGGGAUUAUGCAAUUUCUAAAUGCUAUUUCUGAAUUAGCGAAAGGUGCAUCUGCACCUUCAAUUUCACCUACAUGGCACAGAGAACAAUAUUUGAAUGCAAGAUCUCCCCCAAGAAUUACAUGCAUCCACCAUGAAUAUGAACAAAUACUACAAUCACCAGACUUCAUGGAUUCGGACAAGCUAAUUCGGGCUGCCGUUUUCUUUAGUCCUAAGGAUAUACAAGCACUAUAUAAUCAUCUAUCCUUGUCGGGAAGUUUUCGUAGGUGCUCAAGAUUUGAAGUGAUAAUAGCGUGCUUAUGGAAAUGUCGUACGAAUGCGCUAAAUCCAUCUAAUCCAGACGAGACCGUUCGUCUUUCAGUCCUUACCAAUGUACGUGGCAAGCCAGACCUGAAUAUACCAACUGGAUACUACGGCAAUGCUUUCGUUUAUCCGGCAGCAGUAUCCACUGCCAGAAUUUUAUGCACUUCUCCAUUGUCAUAUGCAGUUCAGUUAAUUCAAAAUGCAAAGGCUCAAAUGAGUGAAGAGUACAUUAAAUCAGUAGCAGAUUUUAUGGUGAUCAAGAAACGACCCAAAUACGCAACAGGUUGGAAUUUCAUUGUUUCAGACAUAACCCGUUUAGGUUUUGAAAAGGUUGAUUUUGGAUGGGGCCAUGCAGUGUAUGGUGGAGUUGCUUCGGCCACUUCAAAUAUUAGUUUUUGUACGAAUUUCAAGAACACUAUGGGAGAAGAUGGAGUUGUGGUACCAAUAUGCUUGCCACCAUUGGCUGUGGAAAAAUUCAAAUAUGAGCUAGAAAAGAUGACUUGUGAACCACUCUGCAAAAUGUAA